AGUAAGAGAGGGAGUGGUAAGGUGUGACCUCCCAGAGCAGGUAUAAAAGUUUUGACCUGAAGAGACAGAUUCAUCAUUCCUCAGUGACCACCGACUUGUCUCCGACUCCUAUUUCUUCUUCUCUGGGAUCCAGCAGCACACGGAAAAAGUAUGGAGACCAUCAGCCAGACGCUGGAACAUGUAUUGGUCACAGCUCAUCAUCAGAACUGUCUGACUGUGGGAGUUUAUGAGUCUGCAAAAUUCCUGAAUGAAGAUCCGGAUGGCGCGGUGCUGUGUGUGCUGGCCCUUGAUGAGGAGGAUGAAGAUGACGCUGCGCUGCAGAUUCACUUCAAACUGCUGCAGGCUUUCUGCUACGACAAUUACCUCGACAUCCUGCGAGUGACGGGAAUGCGGCAGCUGGCUCAGCUGCUGGAGGACACCAACACCAGCAACAGAAACGAAUCCAGGGACCUGCAUUGCAUCUUGGUCACUAACCCUUCUGAGCAGAUUCUGCAGUGCCAGGCUCUUCAGCAGCUCGCCAAGUUCUGCGAGGAGAGCCGCCACAGGUACGAGUGGCUCCCCCACCUUGAGCUGCAGGACCGCUGA